UUAUGAUAAUUUUGAAUACUAUUGUUUUUAAUUUUGUGCUUAAGAAAAAGAAAAACAUAAAAUCAUGGACAUAAUAUUAAAUUAAAAAUAAAGAAUUUAUAAAAUUUAUUCGAUUAAAUUGGUAAUAUUUUUAUUAUGGUGGUUUUUAGAAGUAUACUUUAUAUUUUUGUCUUGUUAUUGGUUGCAUUUUGUCAAUCACAAGAUUUUAAGGGAUUCGAUGAUACAAUAUUAUAUAAAAUAAAUUGGCCUGGUAAAGAUGCAGCUGAUUUAGUUACGGAAAAUGAACAGAAUAAAUUAUAUGUUAAAUCACCUCUUGGAGAAUCAUAUCAAUGUAUUCUGCCUCAGCAUGAUGAAGAAAAUAGGGAAUCUGGAUCUCCUUAUGAUGGUCCAAGUCCUUUAGAGUUGUUAUCUCCUUUAUUUUCUAAACAAGCUUGUUCAUAUAGAGUGGAUACUUACUGGAUUUAUGAAGUAUGUCAUGGAAAACAUGUAAGGCAAUAUCAUAAUGAAAGAGAAGAAAAAUCACAAAAAGAGCAAGAGUAUUAUUUAGGAAAAUGGACUGUUUUUGAUAGUCUUAAAUUAGAAGAAGAAUUAAAAAGACUAACAACUUUUAACUAUCCUGGACCAACUCAAACAAGGAAGAUUGAAGGUAUUAAUUUGCCAUAUUUUCAAAUGAAUAUGACAGAUGGUACAAUCUGUGAUUUAAAUGGACGUCCACGACAUACAAAUGUUUUAUAUGUAUGUUAUCCGCAAAGUAAACAUAAUGUAUUUUCAGUUAAAGAGACAUCAACAUGCCAAUAUGAAGUAAUUGUUAUGACUUCAUUAUUAUGUGCACAUCCCUGGUACAAGCCAUCAAAUAAUGAUGAAUUAAGUAUUGAUUGUUUGCCAGUGGGGGAAUCACCACGUAAACCACAUAAUUUAAGAGUACUUCAGUCUGAUAGAUCCAAAUUGAAAAAACAAUUAAAAGUUUUGACUGAUCCACUCAAUAAACAAGACAAAUACAUAGUAGCUGUUUCAAUUGAAAAGAAUGGAGAAGCUCAAAUACGAGUAAAACUACAACCUAUAAAUUCUGAAAAUGAAGUUAAAGAAAAAAUUAAAGUUAAAAAUAAUAUGAUUGAAUCACAUAAAAGAGUGACCAACGAAAUAAAUGAAUUUUUUAAUAGUGAAUUAUGUUUAGAUGGAGGAUCUGGUUGGUGGAAAUAUGAAAUUUGUUAUAAAAAACAUGUUAGACAAGUACAUAAGGAAAAAGGAAAGCCUGAUAUUGUUGUUAAUUUAGGAGAAUUUCAUAUGGAAGAACAUAUAAAAUGGCUUGAGCGAAAUCCAGAAAAAAAAGCAAAAAGUGGUAGUCAUAAAAAUUACAUUUCUCAUUAUUAUUCAUUUGGUAGUAUUUGUGAAGAAACCGGAGAACGAAGAGAAACCGAGGUACGAUUUAAAUGUAUAAAUAAUCGAAAGCCAGAUUAUCAAGUUGCUUUGUAUUUAUUGGAACCAAAAACUUGUAAAUAUAUAUUAACUGUGGAAUCCUCAGCAAUCUGUGAUUUUUUAUUGCAUGCAGAUGAAAAUAACAUGUUAAUGUCUUUGGAAAAGAAAUCAAUUAAUAAUAAUGUAUUAACUAUAGAAAAUACUGAAAAACUUGUUAAUACAGUUAUUGUGAAUAAUGAAGAUACUAAAAUAGAUGAUAAAAAAAAAAAAACGGAAUCUAAAGAAAAGCCUAAAAUUGAACUCUAAUUUGAUUUUUUUAAUUAUUUGUUAUUUAAAAAGUUUUCUUUCAUAAAUGAUGAUGUUGUGAAUAAUAGAUGUUUUUUUCAAUGUGUUAAAUCUUGCAAUUCUAUUUGCACAUUUCAAAGAAUUUUUAAAAAUGUUAUACUCAAAUAUACCGGUGAUUAUGUAAAUUUUAA